AUGGCAUUCGCUCUCGGCGUCGAAGACGCGAAUGGGUUUUAUAAGUACUUAAUCAAUGUCAUUGUCGUCACAGCAUCUGUUGCCUGGCUGCUGCUCCUGUUCAUCCGGUCGAUCGACUCCAAAGUGUAUCGCGAGUUCAAGCCAUUCAGCAUUGCCAUGUCGCUCCAGCUCUUGUUUGUCAGCAUUCGCAACUUGACCACUCUUUUGAUUUCCUCUGGUUUCCCUAUCCAAUGCCGAUGGGUCGCAGUCGGAGGAAUCAUCAUCUACCAAGGGUUCGCCAUCUCGGCGGAAUGCGCAAUGUUGAUCCGCUGUCGGUCCUUCACGCGAUACCCCAAUGCGGUCACAUACAUGACUAUACCCACAUGGAUCGUCCGCUUCGCUCUCUGCAUCUGGUUGGCAACAACCAUGAAGGGCCAAGAUAACGUAGCCGGCACCGCUUGUGACAUUGUUAUGGACCUGCAGAUGUCGGCCAUCAUGCAGUACCUCAAGAUCGCGACGGAGAUUAUCAUUGUCGUCUUUUUCCUCGAGCGCGUUAUUUCUCUGCAUCGCAGCGAGAAUAGUGUUCUUGCGGGUGAUUCUCAGCACCACCAUUGGCGUCGAUUGGGGUUGAUCAAUGCUGGGAUCACCUUCUUGGUUGUUCUCUUUGAGAUCCUUGUCGGCCAAAUCACUGUCUACCUCACUGACUACCUGUUCCUGACGUAUAGUAUGGUCAACUUGAUCCAGGCAACCCUGUGUGUCUUCAUUGUCGAAGACACGAGGAGCGUGUUUAAGGAGCGUGCCGCUGCCGCCCAAAACAACAGCGGCAGCAACAACACCAACUCGAACCAGGGCAGUGGUGGUGCUCCUCGCCACAGCACAAUAAGCGGUCCAGUUGUCGUAUCAUCGCGGUAUGACGACCGAGGCGAGGACGUUGUCAGUUAUGCGGAUGCAAUUGCUGCAGCCAAAUCAGCGCGUCUCUCUCAAGACUCGCAGAAGCCAUGGUCGCUUACAAUGCGACCUCCCGGAGGUGAUAUGCAUAGCCCCACACAGAUUCAUCAUUCCUCGUAUUAUACGGAUAGUACGGGGUCGCCGGAUUCCAUGAGGACGACGACGCAGCAGCGGUGGAGGGGUAGUGAGGCAGAGGAUGAGAUCCCGAUGACGCGGACGACCAAGGCCUCCCAGGAUGGUGGAGCCUACUAUUGA